CCUUUCGAAGGCGUGAAAGGCAUUCGGUUUUCGAGUACUAUUUGAACACAUCGACCGUGUCGAGAGAGAGAGAGAGAGAGAGAUGGGGAUGCUGGCAGCGAUGGUGACGCAUCCCGACGAGGUGUACCCGAUGGUGAAGCUGAAGCUGGCGUCCGACCGGAUCCGGCGCCAGAUCCCGGCGGAGCCCCACUGGUCCUUCUCCUACUCCAUGCUCCAGAAGGUCUCCCGCAGCUUCGCCCUCGUCAUCCAGCAACUGGAACCCCAGCUCCGCGACGCCGUUUGUGUUUUCUAUCUGGUGCUCAGAGCCCUGGAUACUGUUGAAGAUGAUACGAGCAUACCUUCUGAAAUCAAAGUGCCAAUUCUGCAGAACUUUUAUCUCCACAUCUAUGAUCGCAAAUGGCAUUUUUCAUGUGGUGCAAAGGACUACAAAAUUCUUAUGGAUAAAUUUCAUCUUGUCUCAACUGCUUUCUUGGAACUUGAUAAAAGUUAUCAAGAGGCAAUUGAAGAUAUUACCAGGAGAAUGGGUGCAGGAAUGGCAAAGUUCAUAUGCAAGGAGGUGGAAUCAAUAGAUGAUUAUGAUGAAUAUUGUCACUAUGUGGCAGGACUGGUUGGGCUAGGACUUUCUAAGCUCUUUCAUGCUUCUGGGUCAGAAGAACUGGCUUCAGAUAAUCUGUCCAAUUCGAUGGGUUUGUUUCUUCAAAAAACAAACAUCAUUCGGGAUUAUUUGGAGGACAUAAAUGAGAUUCCAAAGUCACGCAUGUUUUGGCCUCGCCAAAUCUGGAGCAAAUAUGCUGACAAGCUUGAGGGUUUCAAGAACGCUGAGAACUCAACAAAGGCAGUAGAAUGCUUGAAUGACCUUGUAACUAACGCUUUGAUCCAUGCCGAAGAUUGCCUACAGUACAUGUCCGCACUAAAAGAUCUUGCUAUCUUUCGUUUUUGUGCCAUUCCACAGAUAAUGGCAAUUGGAACCCUAGCCUUGUGCUAUAAUAAUGUGGAGGUGUUUAGAGGUGUUGUAAAAAUGCGACGUGGACUAACAGCUAAGAUUAUCGACCAGACAAACUCAAUGUCAGAUGUAUAUGGUGCUUUUUAUGAAUUUUCUUCUCUGCUGAAAUCAAAGAUUGAUGAUAAUGAUCCAAAUGCCAAGCUCACUCGUAAGCAUGUAGAGGCUAUACAGAAGGCUUGUGGAUCUUCCGGGUUGCUUGAUACAAGGAGACUUCGUAUGCACGAGAGCAAUCGUCACACCUCAUUGCUGAUUAUGGUGGUCUUCCUUUUACUAGCCCUGUUAUACUUUCCUUUCUACCACACUAAUGAUUAGUCUCCAUCGAGGGACUCGGAUUCGUAUCUCAUCCCCACUGUGGUUGGAAGGCUCUAUGUUUGGUCUUGUGUGCGCGAUGGAUUUCUUUUGUUUCUUAUGUGGGUGGUAACAUGUUCUUGCAAGGAAGAGUAUUGGCAGUAUUAUUGACCAUGUAAUGGAUUAAGAUGUGUUGUAAUGGAAUAACAAAAUGAACUGUUUUCCUCCUUAAUAUAUAUAUUUUAUCAGUGCAUGCUUUGUAAUGAAAAACUUAGUUACUAAAAUUUAGAUUUAUUUGUCA